AGCAUGACAAGAUGGCUGCGCCCUGUAGAAAGAUGGCUGGUCGCACCUGGUGGAAGGUUUUAUCUCAUUUUAGCAGGUCAGGCGUCAGGAGCGAAGGAUGUCGGCACUUUUCCAUGACUUCGGUUAGUAAAGGGACUCUUCGAGCCAAACAUGAGACGGAGAGAGCGAGCUCUCCUUGGACUAUGAUGGCAGCGGUGUGUCUUCAGAGGCUUCCUGUUAUUUCCGCGGACCUCAGUCCGUUGGAGCAGCGCUUCAAUGACAUGUUGCAGCAGGUUGAACUGGAGAAAAGCCUGCUGUCGGACCAUGAGCUGCGGCUGCUCGAGGACGCCGAGAGAAUGAGUCGGAAGCAGGCUGAUGACUAUAACUUGGACGAAGCUGACGGCAGUGAUGACCAGGACAUCAUCUUGGCUCAGGACUUGGAAGAUGACUGGGAACAGGCGUUUCAGAACUUCCAGUUGGCUCCAAGGGUCAAAGCUGACAUAGAUAAGGACUUGACCUCGGUGGAGCGUUGCCUUUCCGACUCUUUGGUUCUUCUAGCCCAGCAGCAGGUUGGUGGUGAGAAGCUGUGGCUGCUGCCUCAGGCUUCGUGGCAGGAAGGAGAAACACUGCGACAGACUGCUGAGAAAGCCCUCACCGCCAUUACAGGAGACAGUUUCAAGGCGACUUUCCUCAGCAACGCUCCCUGCGGUGUCUACAAGUACAAACUGCCCAGAGCUGCUCGGACGGAGAGCUCCUUCGGAAGAAAGGUGUUCUUCUUCAAAGCCAUCCUGACAGACAGACCUCCAUCCAAAGAGCCAAACCCUGCUUUGCUCUGGGUGAAGAAGAGUGAACUGGAGCAGUACCUGAAACCAGCCUACAUGAUGAAGGUCAAUCCCUUCAUCCUCAACCUGUGA